UCCCCCAGGAAGCUGGGUCUUUUCUUCCCCUCGUUUCCCGGCGCGCUUUCUUUUUCGUUUCUCCCUCGCGCUCUCCCGCCCCCUCCGGGGGAAUCGCGCGCGUCCGGGCGGGACGUGCAGGAGCGAAAUAAUAACGCGAGCGGUUGCUAGGUGUCACGGCCGCGGGUGGUGAGCCGCGGAUGACCCGCUCGCGAGUCCUCCCUGCCCUGUGUGUUCUUCGCCCCCGUCGUCGUGUGCCCCGUCGGCAUCGCCACACUCGACGGAGAAGCUCGGGGAGAUUGGCGAGCCGCGGCGGACAAUGUCGUAUCAUCGCGGCGGGCAGGCGGGCGCCGUAGCCGUCUCGUACAGCACCAGCCCAAUGGCGCCGCACUCGCCCAGCCGGAGGUACUCGAGCGGCACCGGCAGCGGUAGCACCGCCGCCUCCGCGAUCGGCAGCACGACGUCCAAGUUCAACGCCUACCGCUCCACCGGCUCGUCCUCGCUCCUGGACUCGCGGCCGACCAGCUUCUACACGACGUCCUCGAGCUCGAGCCUGCGCUCCAACUACAUCUCCUCGGAGUACAGGCGGUCCUAUUGCUCCCCGGGAAGCUUCUACUCGUCGGCUUCUACCGGCACGAGCGUCCGCAGGAACUACUCGGAGUACAGUCGAUCCAACUGCUCACCCGCAAGGUCAGUCUCGUCGUCGUCGUACGGCGAAACGGGCGGCAGCAGCGGCGGCGCCGCAUUAGGAACUACGAUCGUUAACGGCACCAGCGGCACCAGCAGCAACAGUAGCAGCGGUAGCGGCAGAUACGUCUCGUCAACGUCGGCCGCCUCGGCCAGCUCGUCCUCGAGGGAACGCAGCAGCGUCGACGCGUCCGCCGCGGCCGCCGACAUUAUCAGCAGGUACUCGCCAGCCGGCUACGUGCCCAGUAUUCAACGUCAACAACAGGCGAGCGGCGGCAGCGCGCAUCACUGGAGGCACCGCUCGACGUCGUCGUCCCUGAACGAAUUGUUCGGCGGGGACGAGCGCGAGGCCGAGCGCAGGGAUCUCCGCCUGGAGUCCUCGUCCUCCUCCUCCUCGUCCGUGGCCACCGGCGCGCCCGGCCUGUGGUCCAAGUCCAGCAAGCGGAGACCGCCUACGAACAGCAGCACGGUGCUCACCACCGUCGGACAUGCACGCACGGACAGCGCCGUGUCCCUCGCCGAGGUAACAACCACCGUUGACGAUCACGUUACUCAUAGACCGAACAACGACGACGACGACGACGACGAUGACGACGUGAACGACGAUACCAAGGACGAUCAGCACAACAACAACGGCAACGUCGGCAACGGCGAGGAUCUCGCGUGCGGAUACGGCGUUAACAACAACGAUAACGAGCGCGACGACGACAACGACGAGGACGAGGACGCGGACGGGGACGAGAACGGCGACGACGCGAACGACGACGAUAAUCUCAACAAUUGCCGCCACCGCUUCCACCAGCAGCGCCGUCACCGGUCGGACGAGGUCUCGCCCGCUAAGCGUAACAUUCUCUCACCCGCUGCCGCUGGUGGUGGUGGUUUGAUCGGUGUCAGUAGCCUUGACCUGUUAACUAACCUCGCUACUAAUCCUCGUAACACCGAGCUGCUGAUCAAUAACAACGCUCAGGACAAGGUGACAGGCGGGCGGGAGGAGGCCGAGAUUACGACGAGCGACGAGGUAACGCGCGAUGCCGAGAACGUCACGUCGCUCGUCACGUUUCUGCAGCGCGACCGCGCCAGCGAGCGGGACAUUCCCGAGGAUGGCGAGGAGGAGAACACUGUGUCCAGCAGCACGGACGAGAGCGGCUUCGGCGGAGCGAUCGACAACGUGGCCGGUAGACCGUCCGUCACGCACGGCGACGACCCGUCCAUCCCAUCGACGUCGCGGCGAACGGAGCAGCCCGGUCUCUUCUCGAGCACCGCGAGCAGCAAUCUGACAUCGUCACCGACCAAUCCAUCCACGGCACAUCAGAGUAUCUAUCGCGGGGUCAACGAGCAAUAUGAAGGAAGCCCGACUAACAGAUCGGCGCGUAGCCGUCUGCAAGCUCUUCGCGACGAACGAUGUGGUCUAAACGGCUUACGGAACAUUGGAAAUACAUGUUUCAUGAACAGCGUGAUCCAGUGCUUGAGCAACACGAGACCUCUGUUAGAGUAUCUGCUGAACGAACAAUACCUGGCCGACAUAAAUACUACGACGUCGAGCAUGAAAGGCGCCCUGAUCAAAGCGUUCAGCCAAGUGAUUCACGAAUUGUGGGAGGUGGGCGGUGAUCACGUGGUGAAUACGACCGCGCUCAAGUCUCAGAUACAGAGAUUCGCGCCGCGUUUCAUGGGCUACAGUCAACAGGAUGCUCAAGAGUUUCUCAGAUACUUGCUGGAGGGCUUGCACGAGGACGUCAACAGAGUCACCACAAAGCUACCACCCAUACAUGGAGACAUACCUGAUAGUUACACGGAUAUGCAGAAGGCGGUGGAGAGUUGGAAGCGGUACAUUCGCAGCGAAGACAGCACGAUAGUCGACGUUUUCGUCGGGCAGCUACGUUCAUCCUUACGCUGCACCUCCUGCGAUCACGUGUCGGUCACGCUCGAUCCGUUCUGGGACCUAAGCCUGCCGAUACCAGCCAGAAGCGGCACGGUCAAGCUGAGCCAGUGCUUGGAGCACUUCACUCGAGAGGAGGUGCUGGAUGGCGACGAGAAACCUACAUGUUCCAAAUGCCAGAUGAGAAGAAAGUGCACCAAGAGCUUCAGCAUACAGAAAUUCCCGAAAAUUUUGGUUAUCCAUUUGAAACGUUUCUCUCCGAUGGAACGCUUUCGCGGCAAGCUGAACGUGAUGGUGGACUUUCCGUUGACGGGUUUGGAUCUCAGUGCCUUUGCCGCCCCGAGAGUUCCGGGCUGCACGUACAAUCUGUAUGGGGUCGCGAAUCACUCGGGCACCACGUACUCGGGUCACUACACGGCGUACUGCAAGCACCCGUACUCGGGAGAAUGGCAUGAGUAUAACGACAGCCGAGUGUCCGUCGUGUCAGCACGAUCGGUCGUUUCCAGUGAAGCCUACGUACUGUUUUAUGAACAACAGCCUCACAGUUCUCACUUGUAACCUUACGCCAUAUCUAGAGAGUAAACAACCAUCUUGCCUCUCUCGAUACCUCAGCUCAGCCUAGUAAAACUGUCUUCUGACGUAUUGAAAAGCGACUAAACACUGAAAGAAACGGAGGGGGACCGCUCGCGGCCGCCUCCCAGACGAAUGUCCAGCAGUGACCUCAUUGGCGAUAAUCGUGUCUCUUCCCGCAAUACGUUUCUUGACGUAGCGUCGCACGCGUGUAAUGUCCUUUCAUAAAGAGAUCACGCAUACGUAAAUCGAUAUAAUUGAUGAUUAAACGUCGCAAUUGAUAUGCACACGUGCUUUCAACGUGGAAGAUUUUUAUUUCCGCGAAUCGUGUUUGACCUAUAUGAAAAUUAUUUUUUUACAUCGUGUAUUUUUUGCGAGACCUAAUUUAUACGUUGCGAUCGCGUUUUGAAAUAGGGAGACGACGUUGUAUUUAUUACUUUAAUUGCAUGGGGGAAGUUUCUGUCUAGAAGAGAAUACGAGGGUACGAGGUCGCCAAAGAUCACACUCACACGCAAUUGCUUCAGAUGUCUAGUUACUUUUGAAUAGACAAGUAGUAACACAUCUCUCUCUCUCUCUCUCUCUCUCUCUGUCUCACACUUCAUUCGACACGUGGCGACAUACAGCUAUUUACUUUUGUAAAAUAUUUUGUUUAAUAUAUAUAACCACAGUC